UAAUCAAAGCAUUGUCUAGUCUAGUACUAGUACAGAGAACUCCUAAUAGAAUUUAUAUCUACAGGGAAAUGAUGUAAAUACUAGGGCGCACAACAUAUUUUGAAUGAAAAAUCCGUUGUGAAGCGUUCCCGACCUAAAGAAACAGGGAAUCAUAUGAUACAAUAAAACUGUGAGCACGAACUUCAGCAGAUGCGAUAUAAUGUGUGUCGUCGACAUAACAUGAUAUUGACGGACGGCAGGUCGUCCGCGUCCACGAGCAUGAGUUACAAAGGGAACAUGAAAAAAGAAGGCAAAACAUUGAAUCAUUUAAAAGAUAAUUAAUUUAAUACAAAAGCAAGCAGUGGCAUGUUAUUCCACACGCAGGAGACUAAUGCUUUGUGCUGAAAUUUUUGUGUAAUGUUUGGCCGUGGUCCAAGGUUAUGCUAAAUUUAUUCAAUUUUGUUCACCCUAAAGAAGCAGUAAUUAUUUACAUAUGCUCCUUUUAGAGCUGUUAUAUUUGUAUUGGAAGAGUUGAAAGAUUUUUUGAAUAAAUUAUUUCACCUGUAAUCAAGUGAAAUACAUGCUGAGUUUUUUUCGUCAGCGUACAAAACAUGGGAAUGCAGGAAGUAAUGUCAUGGUAUCAAAAGAAAAUUGGAACUUACGAUAAGCAGCAAUGGGAACACACAAUAGAACAGCGGAUUAUCCAUGGGCUUACCCAUGUUCCAAAGAAGACAGCAAAACUUAAGACUGAUCUUAUAGAUGUGGAUCUUGUCAGAGGUUCUUCGUUCCCAAAAGCUAAACCAAAACAUGGUCUGAUAACAGUGACGAGGUUGGCCUGCCUCAGGUUAGUUCUGCUUCCAGCCUACAGUCACUGGUGGAUUCAGCAAACUUCACCACGUGUCUUCGUAUUGCUGACAACACUGUAUGUGUUGCAGUUAGUUUGCGGAGUUACAUAUUUUUACUACUGUUCACUCACUGAAGAUGGAACUCUUGAGAGGGUCACAGCAUCAGAAGUGAUGGUACCAGUUGCCAUGAUGAUCAUCCUGAGUGUAAUACACUCACAGAUAGUAUCAACUCAUAUUGGCCCAUGCAGGCAACCAUCAAGCCAAAGGCCACGUCGCAGCAAGCGGACACGUAGACGUCAUGCAAGCAGCUCACGAUCACGCGCUAGUCACGUAUCUGAAAAGACUGAAGACAUAGAUGACCAGACACUCAGCAGUUACCAAAAACGGCCACUAAUUAGGAGGUUUUCAUCUGAUGAUGUAAAGAGGUCUACAGUUAUGUGGGACAUUUCAUGCAAACAAAAGAAAAAGCCUGAUUUGUUAGGGAAACCAAAAUCUGUUGGAGACAGUAAUAGUCCCUCUGAGAGACAACAGCACAGAAACAGGCAAGGACACACAGACAGGGAAGCCCAGAACCAUUGCAAAGUGACACCUUUGGAUGAUGAUGGUUUUGAGAGCUUAACAGGUAAUGGCUCAAGUGAGAAUGGUGAAGAGGCUGUUGAAGAAGGUGAUGAUGUAGAAGAAAAUAAACAAAGUCCCAGUUUAAAUAAAAAAGGUGAAAAUAGUUUUGCCAGCAGCUUAAGCAACAGUGAUUCAAAGACAGAGUUGAGUCAACAGUCUGCACUUAGUUGUGUGUCUAGCGAAAAAAAUUCACCGGAUUCAAUUUGUGAUAUUACACCAGAAACAUUGCCUGGGCAGUCAUACUGUCAUCUAUCAGAUACUCCUGAAGCAGCUGUCCCACUUUGCACAGAGGAUCUGAGGAAGGAGAAACAAUUCAGGAACAGUUGGUCACCAGAGAUUAUCACAUGUCAUAGCUAUGUUCCUGAUGGUAAUCAUGCUGACAAUGAAACAGAUGGCUCCGAUACUGAAAUAAGGACUCCUGUUCAGAGAGUUGCAAAAGUACGUUCUGGAGCAGAGAGCAGCUACAACAGCAGUUGUGAUAGUGAAGGUCAAGCCACUGAAGGUGGAAGCUGUUGUCCAUUGUUGACUGAGAUUACUACUUCGGCGGGGGAAUGGAUGGGUGUAACGACAAAUAGUGAGGAGUGUAGUUACAGCUCAGAGCUGGAUGAGACGGACAGCCAGCAUGGCAGCACGGAGCUGAACGAUCACCCUUUUGCUUGGGAGAUAGGUUUGUCCCCAAAUGUUAUUCUUAGCCCAAGUUGUGCUACAUCUGAUAAAGUCAGCUGUACAAUAUGGGAAAAUCAUGAUGUGAAGAAGGCUGAUCUUUCUGUGCUAGAUAUCAGUUCUGCUAUUAUAGCCAGAGUGGAAACUAUGCCUGAAAAUAUGGACUAUUUUUAUGCAGGUGUAGUAGUUUCCGUGGUGAUUUCCCUGCUGCCUUCAAUAUGCCGUUUUGUUGAUGUUUUAUCAGAGACGCAACCAACAACUCCUAUCAACACAGUUAUGCUUGCCAAUGCGUCAUCAUCCAGCACCCUGAAUAUUGGAGGACUACUGUCGCAUUUUUCAGACUCUCUUAUUUAUAUUUCUGAGGCUGCUGUUGGGGGAACAUUAUGUGAGAGGAUACUUAUAUGGAUAGCAGUUUUCGAACGAUUUGUGCUCUCUGUCUUGUUUUUCUUUUUAUUGGCUGUGGCAGAACGUACAUUUAAGCAACGUUUUUUGUACGCUAAAUUGUUCUCACACCUGACGUCAUUCCGAAGAGCAAAGAAAUCAGAGUUGCCACAUUUUCGUCUCAACAAAGUGCGCAAUAUUAAGACAUGGUUAUCUGUGCGUUCAUACCUCAAGAAACGAGGGCCACAGAGAUCAGUUGAUAUGAUUGUAUCAGCUGCUUUUCUCAUAACACUGCUACUGCUGUCCUUCCUGAGUGUUGAGUUUCUUAAGGAUUCAUCAAAGCUCCAUUCACAGUACAACCUUGAAGCUCUAAUCUGGUGCCUGGUUUUGGGUGUUUUUCUUCUACGAUUUAUGACUUUGGGGACAAAGACAAACAGAAAAUAUCGGAAUCUUUCUGUUCUGCUUACAGAGCAGGUAACAUUUCUAGCUUUUCGAUAUGCAUGUAGCCUGCUUUAA